AUGGGCGUACCAGCUUCCACAACAAUCACCAUGUCGGAACAGGGACUUGACGAUAGUGGCUUCUACGAGCUAGUCGAGCCAAUGGGAAGACUUACCAUAGGUGAGAAUGAAGAGAAUGCUAUCGAAAGAGGAAAGGAUUUCGUCAAAGAUCAAUUCCCUAAUUGGGAAAAGGGAUAUUAUCUCCUACCGGAAAUUUUUCGGGACAGAGAAGAACAAGACGGAACUAGAGCUGAGUGGGAGGUGAUGAAGAAAAUUGACCAUUUGGCUCGAAAUGAGACAGAAAAACAACCCAUGUUUGUUGUGGCUAACAUCAAGGGCCUAAAAAACGAUGGGGAGUGCGACAUGAUCAUCGCACACCGUCGUGCAGGCUUGAAGAUCCUUCAAGUAAAAGAUGGGAAGCCAAACAAUUUGAGUGAAAAUAUAAAAAAAGGGCUGAAGCAAGUGUCCGCUUGGGAGAAGAUGAUUCGAGACUUUUAUGCAAAAAAAUUCUCUGAAGUCGAUGAAAUAAUACGCGGUAAGAGCGGGUAUGUCUGUGUUCCCUUUCACUCGUUGGGAGGCUCUCUUGAAUACAGGAGAGAUGAGGGAACUCUCAGUCGAGAUGACUGUGAGAGCCCUAAUGCCUUCAAGACAUGGUGGAGAACUCAUAUAUUGGAUGAGAAUAUGGAGCUCCAGCGCAGAAACUUAUGGAGCGAUGAAACUUAUCUCAAUAUUCUAUCAAUAAUCCUAGGAGGCUGGUGUCUGAGGAGAGAAGGCUACCGACGGAAUUUGGGCUGGCUGGUGCCAAUGGUUUCCAAUGCCCUUGCAAACCCUGUAGCCGUCAACCAAAUAGAGAACAUUCCGGAGCCCGGAUUUAAUCCACCAUAUCUCAAGGCACUCAUGGAGUGGGUGAAAUAUGAAUCAGGGAAACGGAUUAUGACCUUCAAAGGUGUGGCCGGGACUGGGAAGACGUGGCUUUUGAUUGAAAGCGCUUCCAACAUUCUCAUAAAUGAUCCUGAGAGCAAGAUGCUCGUACUCUGUUUCAACAGAGCUCUCAUCAAGUACCUCGAGUGCGAGAUAAAGCACCUCACAGAAAAAAAAAUGAAUGAGAUGGUACUGAGGACUCAUCAACUAAACAUUAAUGUACAAACAUUCGAUGCUUUCAUGGGAUGGACGGGGGGAAGUUGGACUGAUGACGGAAAAAAGGAAGACCUGCAGGCUAAAAUAGAAGCCAGGCAGGGGAUAUGCCAAGACACCUAUCGCCACAUAUUUGUCGACGAAGGUCUCGAUCUCUGCAUAUACAACACAUCAGGAUCGCGUCGGCUUUUCUCCUGGAUAGAAUACCUGGAAAAGAUUUGGGAUGAAACUGGUACCUUCUUCCUUACCUUUGAUGAAGAGCAGAUGGUUUAUUGUGGACAAAAUCUUACGGCAAAAGAAAAGAACUACUUGUCCCAGUCGAAGAAGCUCAAAACGAACAUUCGCAGUCCCAGACAUAUAUGCGAAUGUUUCCUUGCUCAUGUGAAAGAGGAUGUUCGAAGCGAAGUUACCAUGGGCCAUAAAAUCGAUGGUUAUCCAGUCAAGUGGCAGGAGCCCUACCUCCCAGUUGAACCAGAGCACGACCGUUUGAGACAGGGUGCCGAGAAUGUUUUAGACAUCAUCAAUGAGUGCGCAGCUGAAGGAUGUGAUAAGGAGUUUGUCAUCCUCACACAAAGCGUUCCGCACAGAGAUCAAGUUAUCAAGCAGUUGAAUAUGACACUAAAUGGAAAAUUGUCUUAUUCCAUGUACAAUGCGGAGUACGAGAAUAAAGGGUCAUUUCACCAGCCUGAUGAAGAUCCCCCUCAAAGGAAAGUCCUCAUUGUGGACUCGGUUCGUCGGUUCAAAGGCUUGGAGGCGAGCAUCAUCAUUCUGUUCGACUUACUCUCAGACGAUAUACUCUUUCCUAUCAACCCCAACCUCAACCUCACCCCACCUCUCUCCCCUUCCUUCGAAUUCGAGUGUCUUCCGAGUCUGGCAGUUGUGCCAGAAUCCCUGCCAGGCGACCUCCCGAACAACAGAGAAGAACAAGACGGAACUAGAGCUGAGUGGGAGGUGAUGAAGAAAAUUGACCAUUUGGCUCGAAAUGAGACAAAAAGACAACCAAUGUUUGUUGUGGCUAACAUCAAGGGCGUAAAAAACGAUGGGGAGUGCGACAUGAUCAUCGCACACCGUCGUGCAGGCGUGAAGAUCCUUCAAGUAAAAGAUGGGAAGCCAAAAAAUUUGAGUGAAAAUAUAAAAAAAGGGCUGAAGCAAGUGACCGCUUGGGAGAAGAUGAUUCGAGACUUUUAUGCAAAAAACUUCCCUGAAUCAUCAGUCGAUGAAAUAAUACGCGGCUUUCGUGAAUUCCGAAGAAAUGAGGGAACUCUCAGUCGAGAUGACUGUGAGAGCCCUGAUGCCUUCAAGACAUGGUGGAGAACUCAUAUAUUGGAUGAGAAUAUGGAGCUCCUGCCUCCAGAUACUUAUCUCAAUAUUCUAUCAAUAAUCCUAGGAGGCUGGUGUCUGAGGAGAGAAGGCUACCGACGGAAUUUGGGCUGGCUGGUGCCAAUGGUUUCCAAUGCCCUUGCAAACCCUGUAGCCGUCAACCAAAUAGAGAACAUUCCGGAGCCCGGAUUUAAUCCACCAUAUCUCAAGGCACUCAUGGAGUGGGUGAAAUAUGAAUCAGGGAAACGGAUUAUGACCUUCAAAGGUGUGGCCGGGACUGGGAAGACGUGGCUUUUGAUUGAAAGCGCUUCCAACAUUCUCAUAAAUGAUCCUGAGAGCAAGAUGCUCGUACUCUGUUUCAACAGAGCUCUCAUCAAGUACCUCGAGUGCGAGAUAAAGCACCUCACAGAUAAGAAAAAUAAUGAGAUGGAACUGAGGACUCGUCCACUAAACAUUAACGUACAAACAUUCGAUGCUUUCAUGGGAUGGACGGGGGGAAUUUGGAACGAUGGCAACAAAAGGAUAGACCUGGAGGCUAAAAUAAAAAAAGCCAGGCAGGGGAUAUGCCAAGACACCUAUCGCCACAUAUUUGUCGACGAAGGUAUCGAUCUCUGCAUAUACAACAACACAUCAGGAUCGGGUCGGCCUGUCUCCUGGAUAGAAUACCUGAAAAAGAUUUGGGAUAAAACUGGUACCUUCUUCCUUACCUUUGAUGAAGAGCAGAAGGUUUAUUAUGAACAAUAUCUUACGGAAAAAGAAAGGGACUACUUGUCCCAGUCGAAGAAGCUCAAAACGAACAUUCGCAGUCCCAGACAUAUAUGCGAAUGUUUCCUUGCUCAUGUGAAAGAGGAUGUUCGAAGCGAAGUUACCAUGGGCCAUAAAAUCGAUGGCUAUCCAGUCAAGUGGCAGGAGCCCUACCUCCCAGUUGAACCAGAGCACGACCGUUUGAGACAGGGUGCCGAGAAUGUUUUAGACAUCAUCAAAGAGUGCGCAGCUGAAAGAUAUGAUAAGAAGUUUGUCAUCCUCACACGAAGCGUAAAGCACACAGAGCAAGUUAUCAAUCAGUUGAAUAUGACACUAAAUGGAAACUUGUCUUAUUCCAUGUACAAUGCGGAGUACGAGAAUAAAGGGUCAUUUGACCAGCCUGAUGAAGAUCCCCCUCAAAGGAAAGUCCUCAUUGUGGACUCGGUUCGUCGGUUCAAAGGCUUGGAGGCGAGCAUCAUCAUUAUGUUCGACUUUUUCCCAAACGAUGAUGCACUUCUGUAUGUCGGAAAGAGCAGGUCCACUUGCCUACUUUUCAUCUUAGUCUUUCCUAUCAACCCCAACCUCAACCUCACCCCACCUCUCUCCCCUUCCUUCGAAUUCGAGUGUCUUCCGAGUCUGGCAGUUGUGCCAGAAUCCCUGCCAGGCGACCUCCCGAACAACAGUGGCUUCUACGAGCUAGUCGAGCCAAUGGGAAGACUUACCAUAGGUGAGAAUGAAGAGAAUGCUAUCGAAAGAGGAAAGGAUUUCGUCAAAGAUCAAUUCCCUAAUUGGGAAAAGGGAUAUUAUCUCCUACCGGAAAUUUUUCGGGACAGAGAAGAACAAGACGGAACUAGAGCUGAGUGGGAGGUGAUGAAGAAAAUUGACCAUUUGGCUCGAAAUGAGACAGAAAAACAACCCAUGUUUGUUGUGGCUAACAUCAAGGGCCUAAAAAACGAUGGGGAGUGCGACAUGAUCAUCGCACACCGUCGUGCAGGCUUGAAGAUCCUUCAAGUAAAAGAUGGGAAGCCAAACAAUUUGAGUGAAAAUAUAAAAAAAGGGCUGAAGCAAGUGUCCGCUUGGGAGAAGAUGAUUCGAGACUUUUAUGCAAAAAAAUUCUCUGAAGUCGAUGAAAUAAUACGCGGUAAGAGCGGGUAUGUCUGUGUUCCCUUUCACUCGUUGGGAGGCUCUCUUGAAUACAGGAGAGAUGAGGGAACUCUCAGUCGAGAUGACUGUGAGAGCCCUAAUGCCUUCAAGACAUGGUGGAGAACUCAUAUAUUGGAUGAGAAUAUGGAGCUCCAGCGCAGAAACUUAUGGAGCGAUGAAACUUAUCUCAAUAUUCUAUCAAUAAUCCUAGGAGGCUGGUGUCUGAGGAGAGAAGGCUACCGACGGAAUUUGGGCUGGCUGGUGCCAAUGGUUUCCAAUGCCCUUGCAAACCCUGUAGCCGUCAACCAAAUAAAAUACAUUCCGGAGCCCGGAUUUAAUCCAACAUAUCUCAAGGCACUCAUGGAGUGGGUGAAAUAUGAAUCAGGGAAACGGAUUAUGACCUUCAAAGGUGUGGCCGGGACUGGGAAGACGUGGCUUUUGAUUGAAAGCGCUUCCAACAUUCUCAUAAAUGAUCCUGAGAGCAAGAUGCUCGUACUCUGUUUCAACAGAGCUCUCAUCAAGUACCUCGAGUGCGAGAUAAAGCACCUCACAGAAAAAAAAAUGAAUGAGAUGGUACUGAGGACUCAUCAACUAAACAUUAAUGUACAAACAUUCGAUGCUUUCAUGGGAUGGACGGGGGGAAGUUGGACUGAUGACGGAAAAAAGGAAGACCUGCAGGCUAAAAUAGAAGCCAGGCAGGGGAUAUGCCAAGACACCUAUCGCCACAUAUUUGUCGACGAAGGUCUCGAUCUCUGCAUAUACAACACAUCAGGAUCGCGUCGGCUUUUCUCCUGGAUAGAAUACCUGGAAAAGAUUUGGGAUGAAACUGGUACCUUCUUCCUUACCUUUGAUGAAGAGCAGAUGGUUUAUUGUGGACAAAAUCUUACGGCAAAAGAAAAGAACUACUUGUCCCAGUCGAAGAAGCUCAAAACGAACAUUCGCAGUCCCAGACAUAUAUGCGAAUGUUUCCUUGCUCAUGUGAAAGAGGAUGUUCGAAGCGAAGUUACCAUGGGCCAUAAAAUCGAUGGUUAUCCAGUCAAGUGGCAGGAGCCCUACCUCCCAGUUGAACCAGAGCACGACCGUUUGAGACAGGGUGCCGAGAAUGUUUUAGACAUCAUCAAUGAGUGCGCAGCUGAAGGAUGUGAUAAGGAGUUUGUCAUCCUCACACAAAGCGUUCCGCACAGAGAUCAAGUUAUCAAGCAGUUGAAUAUGACACUAAAUGGAAAAUUGUCUUAUUCCAUGUACAAUGCGGAGUACGAGAAUAAAGGGUCAUUUCACCAGCCUGAUGAAGAUCCCCCUCAAAGGAAAGUCCUCAUUGUGGACUCGGUUCGUCGGUUCAAAGGCUUGGAGGCGAGCAUCAUCAUUCUGUUCGACUUACUCUCAGACGAUAAUGCACUUCUGUAUGUCGGAAAGAGCAGGUCCACUUGCCUACUUUUCAUCUUAGGUACAAAAGAUGACCACCGAAUUAUAAUGGAAAAGGAAAAAGUUCACACCGAGAAACUCCGUGGAAAGAAGAGGAAAUGA